AUGGUCGUCUUAGUUGACCACACCCAGCACUGCACAGAUGUAGCCGCCUUGAUCUGUACUCUGCGUUGUGGGAUGAAGAAAGCUCUGGAGGAUUUCAAAGAGCAUCGAAAGCUCAGAGACACAGACAGUGUGUUUGUGGUAAUCAUGUCUCACGGAAAACGGGAAUUUGUCCUUGGUGUUAACCACAGUGAGAAACAGCCAGAUGAAUUCCCUGUUGAUGACAUCUACAAAUACCUGGGUCCACAGGAGUGCCCUGCCUUGAGGGACAAACCAAAGGUCAUAAUCAUCCAGGCCUGCAGAGGAGCUUCUGGGGGGUCUGUGAUUGUUAGCGACAGUGCUUCAGCUGAGGUGGUCUCAGAUGAUGUGUCACAAGUGCCUGCUAAUUUGGGCAACAUUGUUGACGAUGCAAUCAAAUACGUUCACAAAGAAAAGGACUUCAUUUCCCUCCUCUCCAGCACUCCUGACACUGUUUCCUACAGAAGAGAGGAUUUGGGUUCCUUCCUGAUACAGUACAUUGUUGAAGUAUUCAAGACCUGUUCCCACCAGGACGACAUUGAUGAACUUUUCAGAAAGGUCAUGCAGCGCUUUGAAGAGUUUCCUGAUGAAACCAAAAGACAAAUGCCAACCAAAGACCGAUGCACUCUCACCAGGCGCUUCUACCUUUUUCCUGGCCAGUGAGGCAGCAUAAAAGUUCGGUAAACCCAUCAGUUGUUUAGCUAACAAUGCUAAAUAUUCUUGCUGUUUGAGAAAAACAAAACAAAGAAAAAAAAACAACACCUUUUUAAACUAAUAAAACCCCUCUAAAAGACACUAAACAUAAUAUCCUUUAAAAUUCAGUGAGAAAAAAGGCCAAUGCGGAGCUAACUUCUAUUCUGAAAUCAUUUAGGCUGGAGUGAAUGGGGUAUUUUUUAAAGGAGAAUACAUGUACUUAAAUUUGAUUUGAUAUCAUUUGGAAAGUUAUCUUU